UCCGCAGUCUGCGGGAAGCGCUACAAGAACCGCCCGGGGCUGAGUUACCACUACGCCCAUUCCCACCUGGCUGAGGAGGAGGGGGAUGACAAGGACGACUCCCAACCCCCCACGCCUGUAUCCCAACGCUCCGAGGAGCAGAAAUCCAAGAAAGGCCCGGACGGGUUGGCCCUUCCCAACAACUACUGCGACUUCUGCCUGGGGGACUCCAAGAUCAACAAGAAGACGGGGCAGCCCGAGGAGCUCGUGUCCUGCUCCGACUGCGGGAGGUCAGGGCACCCAUCGUGCCUGCAGUUCACGCCGGUGAUGAUGGCGGCGGUGAAGACGUACCGCUGGCAGUGCAUCGAGUGCAAGUGCUGCAACAUCUGCGGCACCUCCGAGAACGACGAUCAGCUGCUGUUCUGUGACGACUGUGACCGCGGGUACCACAUGUACUGCCUGACCCCCCCCAUGGCAGAGCCCCCCGAGGGUGAGUCCUGACCCCCAUCCCGAUCCC